GUGAGCUGCAAGAGCCGGCACAACAUCAAGCUGCUUUGCAACCUCAUCUACGACACGGUGUUCUCCCUCAAGUCCCCAAGCUCCAAAGAACGUCUUCUGGAACAGAGGAUCCCGGCCACUUACCUCGCCCUCGAAGACGUCGUGGCUCACCUCGCCCUCGAGAGACGGUUGUCAGGCCGUGAUCCUGUGCUGACAAGCGAGCGCUACCAAGCGCUGGUGACGGCUGAGCUCACAAGCCGCGGCAUGAAGCCUUUCAGGGACACGGCUGAACUCAACCAAGCCACCAGCUUCCUGCAUGAGAACGGCGUGUUGCUACACUACGACGACGCGACGCUGAAGGAGCUCUACUUCCUGGACCCGCAGUGGCUGUGCGACAUGCUGGCGCACGUUGUCACCAUCAGGGAGAUAAACCCCUUCGCUAAAAAUG